GAUCCAUUGCGCGGCGUUUAAUGAAACCGCGAACAUCCGCGUUUUUCUUCAAUCUCGCGUGUUUUUACUUUCCCUCCGCGCCCCGCCGGGCGCGCUCCAAAUCCACGUUUCGGUAAUCCCGAAUCUCCCUGAAGUGCGACCGAAUAACAGCCGGCUUAUUUACCUCUCGACAUUACUUUUCGACACUUUUGUGCUGGCGGCUCGACGAACGCCGAUCACGCGGAGGUGGACGAACUGUGGGAAGAAAAUUCAUGGUUACCGUUGGAUUAUAAUUCUCCGCCGUUGAGACCCCUUAAUACGAAAUUUUGGCGCUUCCGUUUCUCAUGUUCGCGACGCCGCGGUGAUCCUUCUCGCUCGCCGUAGAAUUUUUAUAACCUCGCGAUCAAUCGUUCAUCCAGUGCGCGAAUCUGCAAAUAAAUCGAUCGGAAUAUUCGUACUGUUUUAAAGAAUCGACAGUGCGGGCGCGUGUGUUAAAAGACUAGAAACGAAAUAACGCAGCGACUCGUUGAUAAACCGACCGUUAAUCCAUCCACUGAAAAAAAUCAUCAAGACCCGAGAAUUCGACGAGCCUCACCGAAUAUGCGAAAUUUCAUGAAAAUAUAAUAACCACAAAAUUCACUGUUGUUCAGAGAGAAACCAGAGUCCCUCGCAUCUCGUUGGACCCUUCAAACUUCUCCACGGUUAGGAAUCUUGGCGUGAGUUUCUUUGGUUGUUACUUUCGAGGGUGAGAGGGACGACGGGCGAAGCGCAUUCUGGCAAUAUCGUUGGGCGAGAGAGGAGAGGAGAAACGAUCGGAGGAUUGAAAAAGAACGAUCCUCAAAAGGAGCGCCGGCGAACGGAGAGGCAAAAUCCCCUCGCACGAAAAGUUGAGGCACGCUCUCGCGAAACUCCGAGACCGUAAGACUUUUUCUUCGCGCUCCCCUCCCCCUGGCCAAUACAUAUAUAAAUCCUUUUCCUAAACCCCUUUUGCUCUUGGUCCCCAUCCCCGGAGCGUUCACUUCGCCGAAGGAUAAUUUACAUUGUCACGCGUGUAAAAACUCAUCGAUCGCGAAUCGGAUGUUGGUCGACUUUGAAAUCGUCGAAGGCGUAUAUAUAAAUGAGGAACGAGACGUCGUAACCGAUUCCCAAAGGCUUUGACAACGCGCGACGAAGUGGUUCAGUACCUUUUGAGCCGUCUCACGAAACAUCGAGCACCGCUCGUCGCUUUAUUCGCUUUGCAAAAAUUUAUAUUCGCCACACUAAUCCCAAAAACGAACUGGAAGCGGGGCACCCUUCGAGCGAAAUCGGCUCGAAAAAGCCGCGGGGAAUCGAGCGCGGAAGCAUCCUUCCUGGGGCCGGAGUCGCUUGGCAAGAACGAACAUUUUGGAGGGUACGCGACGUAAGAAAAUCCAACGUGCACGAGCCAGCGGCUGGCGACGAAAAAAUCACUCGUAACUCCGGAGAUUCGCGAGACCGAGGCCCCGAGAUUUAUCACGGAGAGACCUCCGAUAAGGGGGACUCCUGCGUGAAAACACUUGAAAUUUAAAUUGGGCCACGAAGAAGCUCCGACGUAAAAGAACAAAAAUUCAACCUUGAGUUGACGAAAAUUCUUCCACCGGGCUCCGAUAACGAUAACUUUGGCGAUCCCGGCGCGAAGUGUGAAUGAGAAAAAAAAACAAGGAGCAGGUAAUUCUUAACGCAGAAGAGGAGAAGCGGGCUUUUGUUCGGUGUCACGAUAUUUGGAGGGGCGAAAAAAGUAAAAUCAAGAGCACCGCUCGAUUCGGUACGUUUCACGUGGGACUCGAGAUGAUCUCGCGUGCUUGACCAGCCGAUUUCGUUUCUCUUAUAUUCUCCCGGCGAUCACACACGUUAUUGCCAAGGUUAUGGUCGAGAUAAAGCGUCAACGGCGAGCACUCUGAUAAGCACCAAAACGUUGGCAAACUGGCUGUGCAGUAUCGACGCGUGUACAUAUGAAGUAGGAUUUCUCGGUCAUAUAUGGACACUGGUCAGGCCGGGAGUGACAGAAAGUGUCGAGGAGUUAAGCCAGCAAGAAAUCUCCGUUAAAAAGUGUGGAAACGGUGGAUAAAAUAAAAGGUGGAGCUCGUAUAAGAGGGAGAAAAAAAUCGAAGGAAAUUGUGGGGUUAUCGCGGGCUCGAAUAAAUCGGUUGGAAGGAAAAUGGCGUCGAUAAACGCCGGCUCGAGGCUCAUGCGAAAGUACGAAAAGCGCUCGUUCGAAAGUUGAGUUAUGCGUUCGCACGUGACAAACGACGCCGGGGAGAGCUCAGUAUCGCGGAAAAAUCGAGCUCUCGCAUACUGGCCAUUUUUAAAAUAUCGCCACGGAUCGUGCUCUAUCAAAUCGAAAAAAUCGUCGAUUACUUUGAAGCAAACACCGAGAGUAACGAAUCUUGUGCUCUUCCACUCUCACUUGCCUGGGGAACGAAACUUGAGCGGGUUCUCUUAUACCUGAGAACGAAUCAAGCCACUGGCAUCGUUUUCGAUGCCCCAAACUUCGUGGAAAUGACAAAAAAAACCUAAGCUGAGCUAAGAGCGAAACUGGAAAUUAAAUCGGAUUUUCAUUGGAAUUUGCGACCCGGAGGAAUCAACGCUGUGGGGAAAACGUGUAUAUAAGUGUAAAUGUAAAUAUAAAUGUGAAAAAUACUCGCGUGAGUUUUCCUCAAGGACGAUACGAUCGAACGAUUUUUCAAGGGAUCAAUGAUCGAUAAACAUUUUUGUGAAGUGAAUCGUUGGUAUGGAAUACUCGUGUAGAAUUUUUGUGAAAAUAAAGCUUGAAUUGUAGGUAAAAAUUGAUAAAGAAAAAAGGGCGAAAAUGAAUUUUUUAUGUGGAGGAUAUUAAAUGAAUUUUCUACGUGCGUAAGCUUGAUCGGCAAAUAGUGCGUCGCCUUUUAAACUUCUUCGGACGAACUUGAUUUCGGAAAAAUAGGCUGACUCGGUGAAGUAAAAAGGUAUUAUAAAAGGCGCUGUGAAGUUGGAUUAAUUUUGAGAUAAAUAUAGUUGGAUCGCUAAAUACUGGAGCUGUAUUUGCCGUACGCUCCACUGCCGGGAGGCGGUGGAAUCCUCCCGGCGGUGUCUUCCGGUCCAGGCGGCGGCUGCAGGCCGGUUUUGCUCGGCGGUGUCGAUCUAUCGAUGUCAGCCGCUGUACAUUCUUCGGUACCUUCGAACGCUCCGUCGGGUUUGAAUUCUUUGCACCUUGCAGCAGCCGCCGCCGCUGCUGCUGCCGCAGCAGCCAGUGGAAACGUCACUUCCGGCCCUGAUGUUAAUUCCCUGCACGUUUCCUCCCGCGGACUUCCACCCGGUAUUGGCAGCCUCACUGCCGCUGAAAAUUUAAUAUCUUCCCACCAUCACCAUGAAUCCAACGAUCUCGGCGACGGUCCACCCAAUCCGGAUGUUCUUCUCGCUCUUCUCGCCAGAAACAAAAAUCUUGAAGCGACGAUACCAAAAUGCGGGGGAUGUCAAGAAGCCAUUCUGGACAGGUACGUCUUGAGGGUGCUCGAGAGAUGCUGGCACGCGCGAUGUCUCACCUGCAGGGAUUGCGGAGCGAGGUUAACCAACAAGUGUUUCGCGAAGAACGGUCACGUAUUCUGCAAAGACGACUUUUACAAGUGUGGCAGGCGUUUCGGGACAAAAUGUGCGGGCUGCGGCCAAGGCUUGGCGCCAUCGGAGGUCGUGAGAAGAGCACAAGAGCUCGUUUAUCAUCUGACGUGUUUCUCGUGCGCUCUUUGCUCGCGACAACUCGAUACCGGUGAUCAGUAUUACCUAAUGGAGGACCGUAAACUCGUUUGCAAACCGGAUUACGAGGCCAAAGCGAAAGAAUUGGCUGACGGUGGCAGCAUAGACGGUGAGCCACCGAACAAAAGGCCGAGAACAACAAUAACGGCGAAACAGCUAGAAACCCUGAAGCUCGCGUACAACAAUAGUCCGAAACCCGCGAGACACGUCAGGGAACAACUCUCGCAAGAUACAGGCCUCGACAUGCGCGUCGUGCAAGUUUGGUUUCAAAAUAGGAGGGCGAAAGAAAAGAGGCUGAAAAAAGAUGCCGGAAGAACAAGAUGGUCCCAGUACUUCCGGAAUAUAAAAGGAGGCAGUGCCGGUGGACAUUCGCCGAGGCACGACAAGCUCCUCGACAAGGACGAACUGAAGAUUGAUCUCGACUCGUCCUUUGGCCAUCACGAUCUGAGCAACGACAGUUACGGCACGGUCGUUAAUAUGGGGCUCGACGGCGAGGGCACGAGUCCUGGAGCCGGAGGAAAUGGCCCGGGCCUAUCCGGCCCACCCGGAGGACCAGGGCGCGGCUACUUGGGGGCUGGCACACCACCUUAUCUCUCGACAUCACGAUCGCCCUCGUUGCCACCUCAAUUUCCUUAUCCACCGGACACAGGACUUUCCGUCUACACGACAUUAGGUGGUUCGGCCGGCAUGGUAGCUGGACCGGCUUCGGAUUUGAGUAACGAAUCGAGCGGAGGUGGUGGGCCAGGAGGAGUGAGUGGCGGAAGUGGAGGAGGAAGCGGUCCAGGAGGCGGUGUUCCGGGCGGUGGUUACCCGGACUUUCCUCCAUCUCCGGAUUCUUGGUUGGGUGAGCCUGCCCAGCACCCUCAUCACCAUCCUCAUUACGCCACAUAACCCGCCACGAAAAAUUAAACAAAUGAAAAAACAAAACAAAACAGUGAAGAGAAAAAAGUCAGAAAAAAUACUCCUCGUACGAAUACCGAAUAGAAAAGUAACUGCUCGUUCCACCGGCGUCCAAUUCACACUCGGACAUCACGUGUGCAAACGACUAAGUUAUUGGUCUAAGACUGUACUCGAGUGUACCGUCCCUCCUGAAGAAGAAAAAAAAAGAAAGAAAAAAUAAUUAACGAUUAACGAGCCUCCAUCCCGCACCCUCCGAGAAUGAAAUCGCCAUUAAAAUGCCAAUAAAAGCAACAAAAAUCGUCGUAAGAAAACCGAAGAAACGCGCGAUCCUCUAUUUCUCAUGACUUUGAUUAAAUUUUGUUUUAUUUUUUCACAUUCAUCAACAAUCGCUUUUUGUGGAAUUGAGUAUUUUUAUAACACUCAUUUUUCGAUCUAAUACGGAAAAUCAUUAUUUUUGCAGUGUACUCAAAUAUCCCCAAACUCCUUUCCAUCACUCAUAUAUUUUCAAUCGAAAUCAUUCGACUAUUUGAACGUGAAAAAAAGAAAUGAUAAAAAUCGAAGUGUCUCGUCGUCGAAGUAAUGAGAAUCGCACGUUUGAGGCUACCAUGAUUAUUUAAAUAAAUCACAAAAUAAUAAGGGAAGUGACGAUUCGUACCGAGCAUAGUCCAUAAACGCAUCGAUAUUACGGUUUAAAUAUAGAUAUAUAUAAAUAUAUAUAUAAAUAUAUAUAUUUAUGUACAAGUUCCUCGUUUUCCGUUAUCAUAGACUUGAAACAAUGGGAUUCGUUAGAUGAUAGUGUUGUCGCGUCGCGUCGUGCACGGGAUCUUUAUUUUUCUUUGUCCCACCCUCGAGAUUUAACAUGAAAUUCCUUCGUAUCCCGCUGUCGUAUAUUUGCCGCGAUCAAUUCGUUAUUCGUAAAUAGUCGAAUGUGGGGAAAACACAAUGAAACGAAAAACAAAAAAGAAAAAAGUAAAUAAGCCAAAAGGAAGAUUCACAGUGCCCGGUGGAGUCGCGAUCUUCGUGCACAUCGCGAUAUCAUUGUCGUCGUAAACGACAAUUGUGUCAGGCUAGAUAUGUGAAGUGACAUAUUGUAAAUAGUCGAUAAUAAGAUUUUAUUGUAUCUGCUGUAUAUUAUAUUUGCGAAUUGCGCGUCCGUGACAACUGGAGAAAACGAGAAAAUUGUGAGACGAAGAUGAACGAGGGAGAAAAACAAUCAGUGCGUACUUGUUAUAUAAGUUGAGAAAAAAAAUCGCUCGGAGCGUUACGCAUGAAAUGAGCUAUGGAACCAUGUUGUUUUUAACGAAAUGCCAAAUCUAUUAUUUAUUUAUUUUUUUAUAUUUUGCUGUGGCGAUCGCGAGAGCAAGAGGACGAAAAAAAGAUAAUCUUUUAGUGGGAAUUACUCAACAAAAAGUUACGUAAAUUGUUUCUGCACAUCAAGAAUACACGAGAUUUGAUGGUAGAGAAAUAUUGCAAAAUUAAAAAAAUUUGUAUCGAUUAUAUCCCAGCAAUCGAUCUUAUUUCGAACAAUUGAAUAUAGAACGAAUAAAAUUUCAGCAUCUUUUAUGGUUUUUGAAUUCUUGAUGCGAGUCUGCUCGGUUUCGCAAUCACAAGUUUUUGAGAAUCGUGUCGAAAUGUACGUCGUCAUUUAUCAGACUUUCAAAGUCAAGAUAUAAAAAUAAGAAAAUCAGAAAUUAAAACGCUCUGCCAAUCCCUCGGAAUUAAUACUUCGUCGUCAAAUUCUGCGUACUUAUGAAACGAAGAAAAAGAAGAUGGGCUUGCACGUGACGCAGCAUAUUCGCAACUCGAAAAAAAAAAUCAGUUAUUAUUACGAAUCUUUAUAUUAUUAUCUAGUCAUCAAGUGAUAAUAAAAAUUUAUCAUAACCGAUAA